UGGUCGUCUCCUCUCUUCCCUAUUUCUAACCCUUCGUCCGACUCUCCACCCGGUGAGAAGGGAAGCCGAGAGCGAGAGAAAAAUGGAGCUGAAAAUGGGAUUUUUAUCCUCCUCCAGUACUCCUGCCCUCCUCCUGCUCUUGCUCUCCUCUCUGCUCCUCCUCCGCCGCUUCCCCCUCGCCGGUGCGGCCGACAUCCCCCUGGGCUCCACCCUCACCGCCUCCAACUCCUCCUCCUGGACCUCCAACAACAAGACUUUCUCCGUCGGCUUCGUCUCCGACCCCGAGAACCCCUCCCUCUUCCUCGCGGCCAUCACCUACUCCGCUGCCAUCCGCGUCUGGACCGCCGUCGGCGCCGACAACACCCCCGCCGCGGUCGACUCCGCCGCCUCCCUUCAGCUCCGCUCCGACGGCGACCUCCGCCUAACUAACGGCUCCGGCUCCGUCGUCUGGCAGUCCAACACCUCUGGGAAGGGCGUCACCACCGCCUCCCUCAGCGAUAGCGGCAACCUCGUCCUCCAGAACGGCAGCGGCUCCACCGUCUGGCAAAGCUUCGACGAGCCCACCGACACCAUCGUCCAGACUCAAAAUUUCACCGUUAACCAGACUCUGAGGUCCGGGAUCGACUACUCCUUUUCUCUUAAUGCUACUGGAAACCUCACCCUCACUUGGAACAACAGCGUUUCUUACUUCAAUAACGGAUUCAAUUCAUCAUUUACUGCCAAUAAAACCCUUACUUCCCCGGUCUUGACCCUCCAGACCGAUGGAAUUGUUUCUCUCUAUGAUCAAUCGCUCUCGACUUCGGUUGUCAUAGCUUAUAGCAGCGAUUAUGGCGAGAGUGGCGUGGCGAUGCGGUUCUUGAGGUUGGAUACUGAUGGGAAUUUGAGGGCCUACAGUGUUCCCAGUGGCAGCACCACCCCCGUCGACCGGUGGUCGGCCGUGGCGGACCAGUGCAAGGUCUUCGGCUGGUGCGGCAACAUGGGAAUUUGUAGCUACAAUGAAACAUCGCCGGUCUGCGGCUGCCCGUCAAGGAAUUUUGAGCUUGUCGAUCCGAGUGAUAGCCGGAAGGGGUGUAAGAUGAAAACCGAGAUCGCAGAUUGCCCUGGUAAUUCUACCAUGCUGCAAUUGGAUAAUUCGCAGUUCUUGACCUACCCGCCGGAGAUCACGACGGAGCGGUUCUUUGUCGGGAUCACAGCAUGCCGGUUGAACUGCCUUUCGGGCAGCUCUUGUGUUGCCUCCACCGCCCUAGCUGAUGGGUCCGGCUAUUGCUACCUAAAGGUAUCAAAUUUUGUCAGUGGGUAUCAGUCUGAGUCUCUCCCGAGCACUUCAUUCGUCAAGGUCUGUGCUCCUGCUCUUCCAAACGAGCUAUCAUCGGCUUCAGUCAAUAUCCAGAAGGAUUCAUCUACAGUGAAAGGUUGGGUGGUAGCUGUUGUGGUGGUGGGCACUAUCUUGGGGUUGAUGGCUUUGGAGUGGGGGCUGUAUUGGUGCUUCUGCCGGAACAGUCCUAAGUAUGGCCCUUCAUCAGCUCAGUAUGCACUUCUUGAGUAUGCUUCCGGUGCUCCUGUGCAGUUCUCAUAUAGAGAGCUACAGCGUUCGACAAAGGGAUUUAAAGAGAAGCUUGGGGCAGGGGGAUUUGGAGCUGUUUACAGGGGGGUCCUUGCAAACCGGACCAUUGUUGCAGUGAAGCAGCUUGAGGGGAUUGAGCAAGGGGAGAAGCAGUUCCGGAUGGAGGUAGCCACCAUAAGCAGCACCCACCACUUGAAUCUGGUCAGGCUGAUUGGUUUUUGUUCCGAGGGACGACACAGGUUGCUAGUUUAUGAGUUCAUGAAAAAUGGUUCACUGGAUCAUUUCCUCUUCUCUAGGGAGUCGUCGGGGAAGUUAAAUUGGGCGACUCGCUUCAGUGUGGCCAUGGGGACUGCAAGAGGGAUCACUUACUUGCAUGAAGAGUGUCGGGAUUGCAUUGUCCACUGCGAUAUAAAGCCAGAGAACAUUCUCCUUGAUGAGAACUACAAUGCCAAGGUCUCAGAUUUUGGUCUUGCAAAGCUCAUACAUCCCAAAGACCACCGGCACCGGACGCUGACCAGUGUUAGAGGGACUAGAGGUUACUUAGCUCCAGAAUGGCUCGCAAAUCUCCCGAUCACAUCAAAGUCCGAUGUUUAUAGCUACGGGAUGGUGUUGCUGGAGAUUGUGAGUGGGCGGCGGAACUUCGAUGUCUCAGAAGGGACUGGCAGGAAGAAGUUUUCCAUAUGGGCGUAUGAAGAGUUUGAAAAUGGGAACAUCAGAAACAUCGUGGAUGAGAGCCUUGCUGAGCAGGAUGUGGACAUGGAGCAACUGGAAAGGGCAGUACAGGUGAGCUUCUGGUGCACCCAAGAGCAGCCGUCUCUGAGGCCAUCCAUGGGGAAAGUGGUGCAGAUGUUGGAAGGGAUCAUGGAGAUUGAGAGGCCUCCUGCUCCAAAGGCUACAGAUUGCUCACUUAAUAUCACCAGUGGCACUUUAAGUGCUAGUGCUCUCACUACUUUUGCUGCCUCAGCUCCUGCAACCUCUUCAUCAAGUGCAUAUCCAACUACAGGUAGCUCAUCAUUCAUUUCCAGGAGGAACUUAGAGAAAGCUUCCUCGUCGCUUCUUGCUUCAGAUCAAUCUACCACAUAAUAUCCCCUGAAUGCUCUCAUGCCCUUGAUAGAUGCAGCCCCAGCAGGCUCAACCCUCAAUGUUGUAUGUAGAGCAAAUCCUGUCCUUGAUGCAGCAGCAGCAAGCAGCUGUGAUAGGCCAGAUGAGGACGAGUCUUGGUGUGGCUAGCAGAUUCAACAUACGUCAUGGUAAAGUAGCAGCAUUAUGAAGCAGCGGGGUGCUGACAGGGGAUUUUCCUGAUUUCGAGCACGAGAGGAGAGCUGGAGAGCAAGAUGCCAGGACUCUGUUGUCAGCUGAACUGUGAGGUGCCAUCUAUGAAGGGCAGACUGGAGAGAGGGCCAAGCCUCCAUACCUGUAAGACUCUGUUGAGGAGGCAAAAUGAGUGAUGCCAACAAUGUUUAUCUUGGCAGCAUGCAAGCUUUCAAACUACAUGUUGCUUAGAACCUUGAGGGGUGUGCAUAUAGCUGUAUCAUGGGUGAAUUUACUUAGAACUUGCAGGCACUGGUCCUUUUGAUACCAUGAUAUGUGUCCCUGAGAAUCAUUGUAUUUGUGGUAGGCUUUUCUAAAGAUACAAGGGUGGAAGCAUGGAUGAUGUUGCUAUCGCCUUCUUGCACCCUAGAUUAUAUGUUCUUUUUGUCG